GCUGAGGUGGCCUCUGGGUCUCACACGACUUGACCGAGCGAGGAAUGAAGAUGUCAGGAAACAAUGGGGAGUGACACCGAUCACAGAUAAGACUUUUUCAGUAACAGCCCAAGCUGGUAGAUCGGUCUUGGCAGGGAGAGAUGAAAGAUGGAUACUGGCUGGGGCAGAAUCACCCUGAUGUCUACCUUGGAGAGAGACAAGCUCUGAAUGAGGACUACACAAAUUCAGGCUUUGACCGUGGUCACCUCAACCCCAACGAACACCAUGCAGUCCCUAGUCGCAACGCCACUUUCACCCUCACCAAUGUGGUUCCUCAGAACCCCAAGCUGAACAAGAAUGCCUGGAGGAUCCACGAGUCCCAGCUCACCGAGCUUCAUGUGGCUUUAGGAUGGUUUCUGGAGAAGUGCCCUAAGGCCUACGUGCUGGUCGGUGCCAUUCCUUCUGCAGACAGCUGGAUUGUUAAAAACAAUGUUAAGCGUGUCAACAUCCCAGACUACCUGUGGAAUGCCUACUGCUGUGUGGACAACAAUGACAGACCCAUUCAGAGCGGCGCUGCCAGAGCAAAAAACACAGAGGACAACUUGGCAGCAGUUUAUCGCACAGCCAGUGGGAGAGUUGUUUUACAACAAUUGCAGAGUAUAAAAGCAAUGAUGACAGUAAAGGAAGGCGAGAAGGUUGUGCAGUCUACAGUACUGUAAUGUACACACUCGGCCCAAGCGAGAGCCCGUGGUGAAGACAGAGCAACAACAGCAGUCUUAAACCUUCCCUAGCUUCAACGGCACCCAGACCAAUGUGGUUCCUCAGAAUCCCAAGCUGAACCAGAAUGCCUGGAGGAUCCACGAGUCCCAGCUCACUGAGCUUCAUGUGGCUUUAGGACCACCCACAUGUUCCAAUACUGAGUUUCCAGUUUCAGUCAGGUCAGGGAUGACCCUCUGUUUGGGAGACUGCACUCAUUUUAAAAAAAAAGAAAAAACUAUGACAAAAAAGAAGAGGAAAUAAUGAUACAAUCACAGACUUAUGAGUGAUUCAAACUGCCUGAGCCCAGCUGAGGCUCAGCACCUCUUCAUAUACAUACUGUUAGGUACAUAUGUUUUUCAACACUGACACAAGUUUUGUUUUUUUUGUUUUUUUACCUGUUUACUGAAACAUAUGCCAAUUAUAGUUAUAUAAUGGUCAUGGACAUGAUAUGUAGACUCUCAGGUUCCACAUUCAAAUUGGAUGAAGUGCUUAAGUGUUUUAGCUCCUUAACAUGUGCCACCCUAUUUUUGAAGGGAACAAUAGUUGAACAAUUGACUCAAAAUCCGCGACAGGCCUUUUGUCUGCUUAACUGAUAAUGACAUAAUGAAGGAACUGCCCACACCUGCAUUUAAGUGUGGUGCUUGCAUUUGGAAGAGUUUACUGUGAACAGACAACAUGCGGUCAAAGGAGCUCUCCAUGCAGAAAAACAAGCCAUCCUUAAGUUGCAAAGAAAAGCCAGCACAGUUUAGGAAAAAGAUUCUUUGGACAGAUGAAAUCAAGAUUAUCAUCUACCAGAAGGAUGGCAGAGGCAGUGUGAUGGCUCGGUCAUGACUGGCUGCCAGUGGGACUGGGACACUAGUGUUUAAUGAUGAUGUGACACAGGACUGAAGCAGCCGAAUGAAGUCUGAGGUGUUCAGAGACAUAUGUCUGCUCAGCUAAAUGCAGUCAAAUUGAUUGGGUGCUGUUUUACUAUAUAGAUGGACAAUGACAAAAACAUGCAUUCAAAGGAAGUCAGGAGUUUAAUAAAUCAAAGCCACUGCAGUAAAGGCCUGACAGAGCAUUAAAAAGGAGGAAACCCAGCAUCUGGUGAUGUCCAUGAGUUCAAGACUUCAGGCUGUCAUUGCCAGCAAAGCAUUUUCAACCAAGUAUUAGAAAUGAACAUUUUAUUUUCAGUUCUUUAAUUUGUCCAAUUACUUUUGAGUCCCUGAAAUGAAGGGAUUGUGUUUGUUAUGCAAUUUUUUUGUUCA